AUGGCACUCUUCUCCUAUAAACCCAUAGACCUCGAUCGACCUGGAUUUCGACUUUUCAUUCUUUUCAAGGGUUCGUAUGGAUCCAGUAUAUCUGGCGAGCUCUUUGAAGCGUGGUUCGAUCGGCCAGAGUCUGUCAUGCCGUUCAAAGCACUAUCAUACACAUGGGGUAGCCCAACGCGCGAGGAAACAAUAACUCUAAACAACAAAGAACUAGGCGUCACGUAUUCACUUUACACCGCCCUUCAGUACCUACGUCUUGAAAAUUGUGACCGGAUCUUGUGGAUAGACGCAAUUUGCAUCGACCAGAACAACAAGACCGAGCAAGGGCAUCAAGUCCAACAGAUGGGACGCAUUUAUCAGACGGCUACAAAAGUGAUCUGCUGGUUAGGCCCUGCUGACUAUGAGACAAAAGCCUUAAUGGAAUCCCUUCGGCUCCUACAACAGCAAUCUAAUCAGCAAAAAUGCCGCGAUUGGUCCCAACUCUGGUCAACAGUGCAACGCAGCCUUGCGGAGAAAUAUCCGGAUCUACUCGAUUUACAGCAGAAAGGUCUGGAAAAGCUUCUUAAUGCACCUUGGUUUGAAAGGGUGUGGAUCUUACAAGAAGUCGCCAAUGCUAGAGCAGCUCAAAUUUGUUGUGGCACUCAGGCGGUUUCGUCGAGAGUCUUCACACAGGCACCUAAUCUUCUUCAAGCAACGGUUAAAUCUCCAUGCAAGGAGGUGCUGGAUAUAAUGCCUGGGCCUCUGCGACAAGAUUCCUGGUGGGAUGAAACACGAGACCUUUACCACCUAUUGCAAAAAUUCCGGGGAAGUAAAGCGCGUGACCCCCGUGACAAGAUAUUUGCGCUUCUGGGAAUGGCUUCAGACUUACAAAAUACUCCCCAUCUCAUUGCAGAUUACACAAAGUCUGUUGAAGACGUAAUUCUGGAAGCUGGCCGAUACUUAUAUGGUGCUGAGAUCUCGGCUCGUAUGGAAAUAGAACAAUUCUUGACUGGUUUGGAGGAUCUGAACGGACGAGCACUCAAAACUUAUGCCGCUUUGGACACGGGAGUGGAAAACAUUCGUCGAAUUUUACAGCGAGGGGAAGACGCGAGGGUUUCUGCGGCAGCUGUCACAACUGCCGCAGGUAAUAGGGCACGAGGCCUAGAAAUCAUGAGGAUGUUUUCUGAUCACGCGAAAUCCGCACUCCCGACUCCCAGCGAGGCGUUCAAGGCCGCUAAACUCAACGAGACCUUCGGGGAUACAAUCGCAGAGCUUCUUCUCAUGCGAGCCUCUGGGUUACAUGCAACGAGUGAGUUUUUUCAGGCCGCUACAAGAUGUUUGAACAUGAUAAAUGCUUCCACCGCGUCGAAUCGCACUAAACCUCUGUCGCCUGUGGAAGGCGAGGCUAUCAAGUUCCUAUGGGACGCAGGUGGGGAGCAGUACUUUGUACAAUUUUUUAGGAUCAACAAAAGCUUGGUUAUUCCAAUACCGAGCGAAGCGAUGAAAGUCGUAUGGAAGAAGUGGAAAUACGGUGGAAAGGAGAUUAUCGAUAACUACAUACAGCAGCCAAAUCGGCAUCAUGAUCAGAGCUCAGACAUUGCUAUAAAAGUCAUCGGAGACGUGUGGUCAUUAGGAGGCAAGAAGUUAUUUGAAAAGCAUUUCGAGCAAUCAGCAACGGAAGGUUCAAUAUCAAAAUAUGAAGCCGAACGAAUGUAUAUAAGUUGGACUACCACGGGUAGACAUGAUAUAAUGCGGUGUUUCCAGCGGACAUGGAGCUUACACCAGGUACUCACACUGACAUUUGAAGACGCCCAUGUCACAGGACGAGCAUAG